ACUCGAUUAGACCGAGAGGCAGGAGUGCGUAACAAUACGCAACAAAGCCGCGCAGUGAGCGCAACAACAACCGGGACACCUUCCUUCUUCUUUCACAGCGAUCUCCAUUUUAACUCCUCGCCCAGCCUGCACCUCACGUGUCCUGGACUGUCUUUCUCACAUGACCCGUGUGUUUGUCCCCGUGAUCAGAGCUUCCAUCUCCCGUAUUUCAAGUGUCGCUGAAUAUCGCAUUUUUAAAACCGCUCGCCUUCAUGGAUAUGCUCGAUCAGAGCUUGGACACCUCGACGAGUCACGAGAAACAGGAAACUGAGGAGGUUGUUCAGCUGCAGGAGGGAGAGGGGGUGGGAGCGGAGGAGCAGGCAGCCGUUACAAUAGCGAGCGUCCAGCAAGCGGCAGCCUUUGCAGACCACAAUGUUCAGUACCAGUUCCGGACAGAGAACACUGGUGGACAGGUGACAUAUCGUGUGGUCCAGUUAACAGAGGACCAUUUGGAAGGAGAUGGAGGAGCGGCAGUCAGUGUAGUGUCCACAGCCUUUGCGGGCGCACAGCAAGCAGUAGCACAGGCUGUCAUCCAGAACCCUUUUAGUAAUGGAGGCAGUCCAGCGGGUGAAACGGUGGGGGGAGAGACACGCUUUGCCUACUUUCCAGCAGCAACUGUCACUGACGGUACAGCUACAGCUGUCUCAGUGCAGGCCACGUCUGAUCCGACCCUCACACAGGCUGGAGGUCAGUUUUACGUGAUGAUGAGUCCACCAGAUGUUUUACAGACUGGAACACCACGGACCAUUGCCCCUCGUACACACACUUACUCUACAGACCUUGGUGAACGUGAGAGUCUUCAACACAGCAGAUCAGAAUGGAAAAUUGAUGGCCCCCGGGCACCUCGUGAUGAGAGAAGGAGAGCACAGCACAAUGAAGUGGAAAGGAGAAGAAGAGACAAAAUCAACAACUGGAUUGUCACACUGUCUAAAAUCAUCCCAGACUGCAAUAUGGACAAUACCAAAACAGGAGCAAGUAAAGGAGGCAUCCUGUCUAAAGCAUGCGACUACAUUAGAGAACUCCGACAGACUAACCAGAGGCUGCAGGAGAGCUACAAGGAGGUGGAGAGAAUACAAGUGGACAAUGAGCUACUAAGACAACAGAUUGAAGACCUGAAAAAUGACAAUGCAUUGCUCAGAGCUCAACUACAACAACAUGGCCUGGAAAUCAGUGAGACUACAUCACAGUGACAAAAACAAAACAACAAAAAAACAUUCUCACGAAUAAAAAAAAAAAGUGAAAGUGACGUGGAGAAUUAUCCCUCAAUGACUUACUUGUACACGCCUCAUCACAGAGUUAAGAUGUUCUGCAACUCAAGUAGGGUAUGAAUGCUUAUGUGAUGCACAGACACACAUCCUUCUGACAAGAGACUCUGACCAUUUUGAAAAUAACAUCUGCUGUACAAGCACAUUUUGUUUUCUCCGUCACUUCCGUGAGAAUUCAACAACUUGGACUCGACUGAUAUGGAAUAACCCUCAUCUUCCAGAAGUAUCCUGCUUGCCACAGGUUUAUGUCUUUAGCUUCAAUCAUGGAUUUUUGAACCAAUUAUUUGCCUGCUAAUGCCUAAUGCUCAUCUUUUGUUCUGUUUGAAACAUUUUGGUGGAUUUUAUUUUUGCUACAUAGUGCAAAUUUUACUACUGUCUCUAACAUGACAGAAGGUCUUUUUUCGAGGGUUCUUCUGUAUUUUAUUUAUUAGCUUUCAAGAAAUUGCGUAGCAGCAGGUAUACAAAACUAUUGCAUUUGGCUGAUGUUUUGAAUUAGAUUUCAUUUUUCUGUCUUGUAGUCUUUCCAUAUAUCAGACUUUGUGAAAUACAUUCAUCAGGCUGAUCAAAGACUUGAUAUCGUGGCACAUCAAGACUAAUUUACAGUACAAAUUUGCUUAGAAUGUAAAUGAAAGUGCAUAGAGUAUGUUUUUAUUUAAAAUGGAGACUUGUGAUAUCUAAAACUGCAUUACCUAUAAAUCUCAGUUUUCAGAGUACAUUAUAUUUAAUGCACUGUAAUUUUAGUGAAGGAUGAACGAGUAGCUCAGGGUUUUGAGAUGCAGGAAAAUAGCCUAGGCUCUCCCCACUAACCUUGUAAUCCUGCACUUUUUCCCCUUUGGCUUUAAUAUACUAGAUUCAAACAUGAACUGUGUGUAUAUAUAUAUAUAUAUAUAUAUAUAUAUAUAUAUAUAUAUAUAUAUAUCUCAUGUAUUUCAACCAGUUGUUCUUAAGUCAUUAAUUAAUUCAAAUUAAUGUACUUCAUAAGCCCUAAUUCCCAGGUUCAUAUAAUCUAUGGCAAAUAAAAUGGAAGAUGCACAAUAGAAACAGAUAGAAUUGCUACUGCUAGUAGUGUUCUGGCUUAUUUUGUUGUAGCUUAUCUUCCAUUUUAUUUUGUAACAGUCCUAAUUUAGGUGGUUGAUUUAGACAUUGAUCAACAACACCAUUUCGGUCAAUAAAAUUGGAUUUGAGCUUUAAAA